AAUUUUGUCGACUGAUCAAAGGCUAAGAUAUCUUGGACUAUUAACGUACUCAGAAGAUAAGCCGAUGACGUGGGAAUGUGUCCAUCGGUAAGCUCGUGGGAAAGAGUGUAGAUUGUGCACACAACGACUUUCGUCACUGCUUAUAACACAGGAAAAAUUGUCCACGAUUUAUACGGACAGUAAAAGCCCAAGAUUUCUUUCACUGGAGAACAGACGUUUGUGCGAGGAAACAGAAGAUCCUGUUAUGUUCUUAAGAAUCUUCUUCAAGAUGUUGGUCUGGACUGGUCUGGCGGUGUGCCUAACAGUAUACAUGGCGCUGGUGACACCAGGGACGUACGCUAAGCCCCCUGGGAAUCUAGCAGAUUCCACAAGCAACCAUCUGCCCACCGGAGAGAACCGGGCUUUUUGGCAGUUCGGCGACAUGAUUAGUUGCGCCACCCAGCGGAGUCCGUCAGAUUACGACGGGUAUGGCUGCUUCUGCGGAUACGGGGGUGGUGGAAUUCCCAUGGAUGACGUCGACAGGUGCUGUGAGGAGCACGACAGCUGCUAUGGUUUGGUGAUGGAGGAAUGUGGGAGUAUGUACCCGUACCUGUUCUUGUACAGCAGCACCUGCGAAGAGAGGAGGAUAACUUGCCAUCCUCCUUGGUGGUCGUGGUCCCAAUGCCCCAUGAUGCUUUGCGAGUGUGACAAGAUGGCGGCCUACUGCUUCGCCGGGCAUCACUACAACCCGGACAACUAUGGGAGAUGCGAUGCACCAUAGGCUUUGCGCCUGCUUAAUAAAGUUAACCUACUGAAUAAAGUGGAGUCAAAAUCCUCGA